UCUUGAAAUUAUAGAGUAGACUGUUUCUUACGCCUUUUAUACAGGGUUAUUGACGGAAGCCGAAUGUUUUUGAAGUGGAUUGUACACGGGCGCUUAUGGUGGGAGGAUCACGUGACUGGUAUCUACCAUUUCCGUUGUUCAUAGCAUUUACAUUUCAGUGAUUGAGAUGGAGCCGUGGACGCUAGACCAACGCUUGUACGCGUAUGUCAUUUUUGUGUGAAAUAACGAAUCCGUAACUGCUGUUCAGCGAGAUUUCUACCGUUCGCGUCAGUUUAAUAUCCAUCGUAACACAAUACUGGGAUGGGUAAACAACCUUUGAACAAGGGGAUCAAUAUUGAAGAAAAAACCUCCGGGUCCCCAAGGAAACUGUUAGCACUUCGGAGAACAUUGAACGAGUAAGGGAAGCGUUUGUCAGAAGCCCACGCCGCUCUAUUCAAAGGCAUUCAGCAGCACUUCAAAUGAGCACAAGUACGGUAAGACGUCGUGCAGCAGUUGAAAGGGCAAAAUUCCCAGCAGCGAUUAUAAUUUUGUCGACAAAUGCCUACCAUUUUUGAAGAAAAUGAAAAUUUGAUAUUGUUAAUGAGUGACGAAGCCCAUUUUCAUCUCAAUGUACUUUGGAAGACCUGAAGAUCGCAAUUCGUCGACACGUCACCCAGAUUGAUGUAGACAUGCUGCAAAGAAUUGAAUCCAGUUUCCGUCAAAGGCUACAACAAUGUAUUGCCCAAAAUGGACAUCACUUGCUGGACAUAAUUUUUCGUAAAUGAGUAAGUAACAAAUGCUAUGAUUUAACAAGUGUGUCUAUACCAAUAAAAGUUUUUUAAAGUAAAUAUUCAAUUUUUUAUGAUUAUUUUAAAAACAUACGGUUUCCCAUUAAUGAUCCUGUAUUAAACAGCGACGGGUUAUACAUGUUUUGUGUUCAAUGUCGUUAUGAGGUUAAACAUGUACUUCUGGUGUAGAAACGAGGGUUACAGAAAGUGAAACAGAAACGAACAAGUUCGAAAUAAAGUGCUUUGUUGCUUUUCGAAACGAAUAACUUUUUGUUUUAUCGGCGCGUUGACAAUGUUGAUAAUAUCGUCAUCGUCGAGUUCUUCAAAUUUAAAGUGCAAAUCUUCAAUUAAUCUACCAAAACGCACCUCUAUCUGUCUGUAAUACUUGCUUUAUACGAGUCGAGAGCAGCGGGAGAGUUAGUAGUAUUGAACAUAAUUGUUUCAUUUUCAUAAUCUCAUAUGAAAUAAUUAUUUUUCUUAUUUUGAAAAUGAUCACACAUAAACGUUUUUUAUAUAUCUAUAUUGUUUUAACUACAUACGAAAAGUUCAAAUUUUAAGAUAUAUACAAGACUGGGUGCAGCAUCGUUUAAAAUUAUUAAUCUAAUAAUACAUUCAAUCGACGUGGUUGUUUUUCACUUUACCUAAAAUAAAUAAAAGAAAAAAAUAAUGAGCUACAGCACAGACAAACACGACGUACCAAUUCCAACAAAGGAAGAGUGGUUGUUGAUAUUAGAGGACAACGAUCUCGGCCGUAGCAAUAUGAACCAUCUUAUCAUGAAUUAUCUAGUCACAGAGGGUUUUAAAGAAGCAGCAGAAAAGUUCCAACAAGAAUCAGGUGUAAUACCAACUGUAGAACUUCAUUCAUUAGAUGACAGAAUCAGGAUUAGAGAUGCUAUAAUGACCGGUAGAAUCCAAGAAGCUACAGCUCUCAUUAAUCAGUUACAUCCUGAGUUACUAGACAAUGACAGAUAUUUAUAUUUCCAUCUGCAACAAUUACAUCUGAUUGAAUUGAUAAGGAAUAACAGGAUAGAAGAAGCUCUGGCAUUCGCUCAAAGUCAUCUCAGUGAAGCUGGUGAAGAAGAUCCGUCUGUUCUUUCAGAAUUAGAAAGAACCGUAGCACUUUUAGCAUUUGAAGAACCUCUAGCGUCUCCUUUUGGUGACCUACUUGCACCUUCACAUAGGCAAAAGGUGGCCAGUGAAGUGAACGCUGCUAUUUUAAAAAUGGAACAUCAAGAAAACACAGCUCCGAAAAUUUCCACCCUUCUCAAAUUAAUUUUAUGGGCACAAGAAAAAUUGAACAAAAAGAAUGUUAAAUAUCCAAAAAUAGUAGAUUUAGCAACCGCCCAUAUCGAAGAUAACAAAUAGAUUUUUUUAUGUAGCACCUAUAAGGAGUGAGGGGUACAAAUAGAAAAAUUUCAACAUAUAUAUUUCACUUUUGUGAAGAUGUGUUUUUUAAUAGUAAAUGAAAAUUUUUGAAAAAAAAUGUUCUACCUAAAAUGUCUUAUUUAUUCAUUUAUAAAUUAGAUGGAACGGUAAUUUAUAAUAAUAUUUCACCAAUUUUCUAGUUUAACAGAUUUAUAAAAAUUGUAACUUUUAGACUGUGAAUAUUUUAUACUUUUAUCGGUAUAUUUAAUAAUUUAAUUUCAAUAUAUUUGUUUUUGUAUGUAAAUAA